UGGCGCCAGCGUGCAGAUUAUGGUCAUUAUGGCAUUAGAAAAGCGCAGUGUCGCCGUAGGUUUGCGUUCUACGUAAAGAUGUUACUUUGCCAAGACGCUGACCCAAACUGCUUGAAAUUAAUAAGAAAAAUUCAAUAAUUUCAUUUCUGUAGUUGUGUGUUCGCCACUGAGUAUCUUGUGCAAGCUGACGUCCUCACUAAAUUACUUAAUAUUCUCUCAUGGUCAUCUACAAUCACCGCUGAAAACACGACGUAAGGCGACUUUUCUAUUUUUCCUCUCAGCAAUGGCAUCAACAAAGCUACCUGAACAGAAAGUUAUCCUCUGUGGAGAGUACGGCGUUGGGAAGAGUUCGCUAUUUCGUAGGUUCACGACUAACACUUUCGUUGCAAGCAACGAUCGAAGCUCCACGCUUGGUUUAGACCACUUUGACAAAGUCUAUAAAGUUGCGGGACGGGAUCUCAAGCUGCAGCUCUGGGACACUGGGGGCAUGGAGCGUGUGGCAUCCGUCACGUCCAGCUACUACAAGUUUGCCGAGGCAGCCGUGUUGGUGUUUAGCCUGGACAAUCCCGACUCAUUCAACAUCUUGUCACAGCAUCUGCUGGACAUCGUAAGCUAUGCUGAGAAUGCAAAGAUCUUUCUCUGUGGAAACAAAGUUGACUUAGUAGGCCGCAUAUACGUCUCUGAAGCAGAUAUAGAAGCCUUCUGUGAGCAGUGCCACAACCUCAUCAGUGGGGUUUACCGCACUUCAUGUAAAACUGGUCAAGGCAUCGAGGAGAUGUUCACAGACAUUGCACGGCAGCUUGUUAUGUCUUGCAGAGUGAAGGAUUUGGAUGAUGUGGCCAAAGACUCUUUCAAGGUCACCCAGCCAGAAGAAACACAGGAAUCGUGUAGUUGCUAGGCGUGAAGGAUCAGCACACUGAAGAUAUGUGAAAUAGCAGCUGACUUAAAGAGCAAGUUGAAGUCCUUCAAACCCACCUGCUUUCUGCUGCAUAGGACAGACCAAUUACCAAUUUUUCUCAAAAUGGUGCAUUAUUUUGUGCCUGUUAGUGAUCAUGGCCGUUUCUGUAUAGCAGCACAAAGGCACUAUUUGAUGCGUCCUUCAGAGGUGUUUGUUUUGACUGUUUUAUUAUAAGGCCAUUUUUGCCGAUGCACAAGCCAUAUUUUAGAAUGUUCCAGUCACUUCCAUGCUGUGAAUUAUGACUGCUCUCUUUUGACAAGGUAUUCAGUGCUGGUUUAUGUCUAUGAGAGUUUCUUUGCGUGCCUGCACAAGGGCUGUUCGUGUCAUUGUGGAUCAGUUUGCCAGUUUUUUCUGCAGAUUUACAAACUUUUAAGCAUGCUGAAAUAGAUUGUACAUUUCUGUAAUAGUGUUGUAAAGUAACCAAUGUUGUGCAAGCACUUUUCGAGUGUAUUGCUGGUUUACAAAGCUGCCUAAUGGGACUUAACGUGCAUCUGGACUAUGUGGCAUGUUGCUCAGCCACAUGGCUCAAGAUUUGUUUGCAGCCAUUUCAUUCUUGUUCCUUGCCAGCUCAAUUACUGUUGUGCAAGAAAGCUUGUAGAGAAAAUAUUGUUCGAUCAUGUGCCGAUUGUGCAGUUUUUCGUUCCUUUGCAUUGAGGCAGAGGGAACAAAGUGCCAAACAUAUGUGGACAUAGUGGAGAAACCAUGUUUUUUGAGAUGGUGUCUGUAACACUUUUUGUUGUCAGUGAAAUGCUACUAGUUGACAAAAUGUUAUAAAACCAAUUGUCGUAUGCCUUUAUUACAGCUGUGCUAUGUACAUAUCAUGUAGUUUCGUAUCAGACAUUGAACAGACAUGCAUCUUGCUAAACAAGGAGCCCUUAUGGCACCAUGCACUGUGUACAGUUAAUCAUUGGGUAUAAUUUUCAAGUUUUGCUAAUAAAGUGCUUAUAACAGUAAA